AUGACACAACACAUUGAUGUCGCUACGGAAUACAAUCGAGAAGCAUUCAAGGGAAUUCAAGCAACAGUCGCUCGGUUUGUUGGACGAUACUAUGUGUGCAGAAGCGUUUACGACGGAAACGCAUAUCUUGUAGAACAGCCGGGAAACAAGGGCCUGGUAACAAAGGAAUUGAUGCAAAAGAGCUCAGCGUCUUCAAAAACACAAUGCUCACACCUUAGAAGAGCACGGCAACAAUUCAAUCGGAGCCGGCGAAACGAGCGCAAAACAGAAGGGAAUCAGGUUGUCCAUCAGGUUAGACAAUCACAGCAUGCUCGCGCUGGUAUCAUUUACGGAGAACCACGUGGUCCGUAG